CGCUAGCUGGGUGCUGGAAUUAUCAAUAUGGGAAACCACCAAACAAAAACUGAACCAUAAAUUCUUUUAUUAAAUCCAAGGACCACCUAGUAUUUAUACAAUUGCUCUGAACAUGCCUGAAAAGCCAACUCAGUAAGCAAUUUCCUACAUCCCCUAUAGAACAAAACAUUCUUGAGCAUUUGAUCAAGACACCCACAAAGGGGCUAAGCGUGGGGUACUCAGACUCAGGCUGGUCGGUUCCAGGGUGGCCAUGUCACCUACCACAGAUGUCACUGCCAAUUACUGAGUCAGCUAGAACCCACUGGAAACAGGUCACCCCGAGUUCCAGUCUCAGUCCAGACAAGAUUUACGCUCUCCUUUCUCCCUGAGGCCUUUCCUCCCCUUCUUGGUGCCCAGCAGGUUUCCACUGCACCUGGGCUCACGCAGGCAUUAACACUGGGGAAGGGCCGUGUUGGCUCAUCUGAAGACGGAUUCUUUUUGUCAUAUUUUUAACCAUCUGCAGUCACCCCUAUUGGUCAGAAGCCUUGUUUUUAGACACUUCCCCUUAUCACAUUAGAGAUUCGUGGAACCCCACUCCAUUCCUCCUGGUUUUCAAGGCCUUCCUUCCACUUGCCAGUCAGGGCCUUUCUUUACAACACUGAGAUUUCCUUAACCAAGCUUAAGCUAACCCCAAUUCUUUAAUUUCCUAUUUAUCCUGUGCCAGGGGGAGCUGCCAAAGACAUGCCCAGCUCCACACUCGACCGAUACCGAGAGUCAGACAGCCAUGGGCAGGGAGGGUCAGCCUAGCAUGACCUGGGGCUCCCUCCCAUCUACUGGGAGAACAAUUCCACUUUUGAUCCUUCUCCAUUGAGCUGCCCCUGGGACCCUGGGGCCCUGCAGAUGCUGGGGUCCCAGGUGUCCGGGGUAGCCCUGGUUCUCAGCAGAGAGGUGCAUAGGUGAUCAGAGGCAUUCACAGCCAGUCAGGGGGUCUGGUUAGGGCAGGAGCUCGCUCAGGCCACAGCUCAUUCUGCCAGUGCCUUGCACAGACUUUCCAGCUCACUCGGGGUGCAAAAUGCAUCUUGGUAUGUGACCCUCUGGGAGCUGGACUGGGUGAGAGGGGGACGCCCCUCCCCUGGCCUUGGGCUGCACAGGGCAUUGUGUGGGGAGAGGACAAAGGGUUUGCAUUUACAUGCUGCCCAGGCAGGGACACACAGGCUGUUUGUUCUGGUGCCCGCUGAGGAAUCAGAACUGGGAGUGUGGAGAAGAGAGUGGCUCCUUUUUCCUGCCUGUUCUGGUUGGGGGAGUAGCCCCAACACACAGGAUAAAGCUCCAGCUUUUCCCUCUCUCUGACCCAUGUACGGCAGGCUUGGCACUGUGGUGUCUGAGUCCUGACCCUAGGUGCUGCAAGGCUCCCAGGCAGUGCCCAGCAUUGACCAUCUGGUCUCUCGGCUAGCCGGUCGGAGGGUGGAUCACUGCUGGGAGCUGCUCGCACUGCAUGACAUAUGGUGUCUGGGGCUUUGCACAGAGCAAGUGGUCGGCUGGGAACAGACAGAGCCCCUAGCUGGAAACCUGCAACCAUGCCUGGGUAGGGAUGGAGGAGGGUCCCUGCCGGGACAGAGGGAGCCAGGGGGUUAGUGUGUCUCUGGGCAAGUCGCAGCAGCGCCUAGGAAAGGAGGUCGAGGUUGCGUAGUGCAGAGGAUGUGGGAGAGAUCUCUCCUCAUUGCUGUUUUCUGUGCAGUUUCUUUUUACAAAUCGGUGGGUUUCCGCUUCCUUGGCUGUAAGCUGCAACAAAAGGUCAGGGCCCUUGUGUAAAAAAGGAAGCAAGCGCCCUAGAAAUGACAAGUGGGAGAUGAAGAGAAGAGGGCGCUGCUAAGAGAGUGUGUUGUUUGGCGAACUCCAGGCCCCGGUGUUGUCUGGAUCUGGGCCCUGAGCUGCUGGAAUUGCACUUGAGAACCCGAGAUGACCCAGCCAUUCUCUUUCACCCUUUGUGUUCCGGAGAGUAGGGACGGUGCCAGCCCAGAUCUGAGCCUGAGCGAUGAGGGUGCUAUGCACAGUUCCUUCCAGCAGCUCCUCCAGGAGCAGAGCAUGGAGGAGCAGGAGCUGGAGCAGGAGCUGGAGCUGCAGGAGCUGACCCUCGGGGGCAGAGAAAACCUGGCCCAUGGGGCUGCUGCAGCCGGCCGCACCGAGGCCUGGGAGGAGCCAGAGCUGAGGGGAGAGCACCCGGAUUUCUCUUCAGCCACGCUACGGAUCCUUGCCAGCAUGCCCAGCCGCACCAUCGGGCACAACCGAGGAGCCAUUAUCUCGCAGUGCUACAACCGCACAACCAAGCUUCGCCGCCGGAGUAGCUGGCCACCACUGCACCAAGUGUCCCGCUCUGCACGGCCCAGCCUGCGGCAGUACGACCUGGAGCUGGACGCCGGCCACGCAGAGCAGGAAGACACACACAGCCUGCUGGUGAAGGAGCUGCAGAGCCUCUCAAGCAGCCAGAGGAACCACAUGCUGCAGGCGAUGCCCAUGAGCCUGGCAGAGAAACGCAGCCUCAGGCAGGAGUUGGGUGGACACAGAAGCACCCUGAGGAAACCCAACAGGACCAGGAGGCCUUUGUCCUGCUGCGGCCAACUCAAACACGACUUUGUCACAGGGUUCCGGAGUCUCUGGGAUGGGUUCCUCUCCCUCCUCCACUCCCUCCAGCCCUGGCAUCAUUCCCUGAAGCAGAUCGGCGGCCGCUUCGGCUCCAGUGUCUUGUCCUACUUCCUCUUCCUCAAGAUGCUUCUCAUGUUCAAUGCCUUCUUGUUCCUGACCCUCUUGAUCUUCAUGGUAGCAAUGCAGGCCGUGUACCCCCCGGCCACUGAGAACAGCAGGCUCUUCACAGGGCUCGAGCUCCUCACUGGGGCGGGCUACUUCACUCAGACUCUGAUGUACUAUGGCUACUACAGUAACUUCACCCUGAACGACUCCUGCACCCCCAGCAGUAGGAAGUGCCAGCCUGGCAAAGGCCAUCUCCUGUACAACAUGCCGCUGGCCUAUGUGUUCACCAUUGGGGUCUCUUUCUUCAGUACAUGCAUCCUGCUGAUGUACAGCAUGUCCCGAUCCUUUGGCGAGAGUUACCGCGUGGGCAGCACGUCGGGGCACUUUGCCAUGAAAGUGUUCUGUGCCUGGGACUACAAGGUGAUCCAGAGACGCUCCGUCAGGCUGCAGAACGAAAACAUCCGGACUCAGCUGAAGGAGCUGCUAGGAGAGUGGCAGUCCAAGUCUCUCCCAAUGAGCCUGUGCAGGAGGGUGGGCAGGAUCGUGGUUCUCAGUCUGGCCUGGGCACUGUCUCUGGGCACCGUCCUAGGCAGUGUCAUCGCAGUGUAUUACUUCUCCGAACACAUGCUCAAGGUGCACCAGGACAGCCGAGACAGGGGGAGCAGUGAGACCCAGCAGGAAGCCUUCCUGCUGGUUCUGCCUAUGGUGGUGUCUCUGAUGAACCUGGUGAUGCCGUACCUGUAUAACCUGCUGGCAGCCUGGGAGAAGCAGGAGUCUCCAGCACUGGAGGUGUACGUGGCCAUCUGCAGGAGUUUGAUUCUGAAGAUGGUCGUUCUGGGCCUGCUGUGUUACCACUGGCUGAGUCGGACGAGGGGAUACUACUUGGAGGGCGAGUGCUGGGAGACGUCUGUGGGGCAGGAGCUGUACCGCUUUGUGGUGAUGGAUUUCAUGUUCACACUCCUGGACACUUUCCUUGGGGAGCUGCUCUGGAGGCUCAUCUUGGAGAAGAAGCUGAUGAGGAAGCAGAGGCCUGAAUUUGACAUUGCCCGGAAUGUGCUGGAGCUGAUCUAUGGGCAGACCCUGACCUGGCUGGGGGUUUUCUUUUGCCCCCUCCUCCCAGCUGUCCAGAUCCUCAAGCUAGUGCUCCUGUUCUACAUCAAGAAGGUAACGGUCGUCCCCACCCACCGGCCUUUGGCUCGCAGCUGCUGUUCGGCCUCAGCAAGUGCUGCAGCUGCAAUCACGCUGUCCAGAGCCGGGAGGUCUAGAGGCUGGACUGGGGGAAAGGUCCCCGCCGAGUUCUAUAUUCAGCUCUGUCCAGAAACAGAGGAGAGCUCCCUGAGAAGAGAGGGGUCAGACGGGCGUUCCUCACCUGCACCAGUUCUCACCCUCUCUGUUUCUAUUAGCAGCAGUGGCCUGAGACUCCCUGGGCCCAGAGAACAUCUGUCCCAUGUCCUGGCCGAUGGGGGGUUGUUACACUCGGGUCAGAAGUUAGUAGCUGGUUUAACUCUGUAUCUCCAGACCAGCCUGAUGAAGAACUGCCAGUCUCCCAGCAAGCCGUGGCGCGCAUCUCACAUGAGCACUGUCUUCAUCACCCUCCUGUGCUUCCCCUCGUUCCUGGGCGCCGUGAUCUUCCUCUCCUACAUCAUCUGGGCAGUGAGACCAUCCAAAACAUGUGGCCCGUUCCGGAUGCAGGAGACCAUCUACAAGUCAGGGAAGACUUGGGUUCAAGAGCUGGAGAAAUCCAGCCCAAACAUUGCCUGGGUCACCUGGAUCCACAAGUACCUGGUGGAAAAUACCUUCUUCCUGUUCUUUGUGUCUGGAGUCCUGCUAGCUGUGAUCUACCUCCACAUCCAGGUGGUGAAAGGACAGCGGAGAAUCAUCUGCCUGCUGAAGGAACAGAUUGACAACGAAGGGGAAGAUAAGAGAUUUCUCAUUCAGAGGCUUCAGUGCAUUUAUGGGAAGCAAGAGACCCAUCCUUGGGUGUCAGGAGUCCCUUGGAAGGAGCUGAAUGUGUGACCAGGACUUUCCCUCUGGCCGCAGCCUCCUAUUGGAGAGACCGGAGCCAGGAAUGGACUUUACAGGGCUGCACUGAGAGAUGCAGACAUAUCUCUGAGAAAACCAGUCUCCUGCUGGUGCUAGCACCCAGGCCAUGCCCUACAGCUGCACUGGCGUGUUAUCUUUGGGCAAAAACCUCCACACCUAUCAUGUACUGGUGCUUGUAACUCUGUCUCUCCAGGAAAUGCUGCCGAGACCUUGCCUUCCAUCAGGGCACAGGGUCCAGACGCCAUGCGGGCGGUCAGGCCCUGCUGGAGCCGAGCACACCUGGUGCCAACGGGUUCUAAAAGUGAUGGCCCAAACCAGGCUCUUGUCUGACAGUGGGAUGUUUAACGCUGCUGGGCCUUCAGCUGGUGUCUGCAAAGCCACCAGAUCCCAACCUGGCUGUCCCAGCAGCUGGGUGGUUUUCAGGAAGCCCCUCCCCUGGGGACAUGUUACUCUGUUACUAUUAAAACCACGCUCCCUCUUUCUAAGCUCCCCACCGAGUUAGAAAAAAGAAAAGGAGUACUUGGUGGCACCUUAGAGACUAACAAAUUUAUUUGAGCAUAAGCUUUUGUGAGCUACAGCUCACUUCAUCGGAUGCAUUUUCUACUCUGAAACCUGUCAUUUAUUUUGUUGUUUUCAAGUUCUUCAGUAACUGGCCCAGCUGGUUGCUGGUGACUGUUUUCUGUCACAUGGUUGUGAAAAGAGGGAGCUCCUGUGGCAGCUCAUUCUAACAUCCACUGAUAUGCAGGCGUGGGGGAGAAGUCCUCACCUCUGUCCCAGAACCUUGUCUGAACUGACCAGGGCUUCUCCUUCCCCUGCAAUCCCUUACCCAGAAAGUCUGCCCCAAGAAGCUGAUGUUCCAAAAUCUGCUUUCACCGUUACGAGCUGUGAGGCAGCAGCCCAUCCCAACAGCUUGGUGGCCACCCAUGGCACCACUCGUGGGCAUCUGGCAAUUGCUAACUACCUCCGGCCUUUGUUUCUCACUGGAUGAGCACAGCUCCUUGGAGAGGCAGGCAAGGCAGAAAAGGAUGGACUCAGCAAACUCCACAGCUAUUACUGAAUGCUAGGACUGACCAGUCAAGCGAGGAGGUUUUGUUUCCUGGGGCCUGGCAAGAGCAUGAAUGCCAGCUUCAGGGCAGACUGUUAGGAACCAGGGCUUAACCCCACAUUGCCUGGGAGUUUUAGACUUAGAUUUCACCAGCCAGGUUCAAGUGUUAACUCCUCAGGCACUGAAACAGCCUUAACAUGGAGUCACAGACAGAUGUGUGAUGAAGUGGGACUGUUCUUAAUGUUAAAUGAAUGCAUCCGAUGAAGUGAGCUGUAGCUCAUGAAAGCUUAUGCUCAAAUAAAUUUGUUAGUCUCUAAGGUGCCACAAGUCCUCCUUUUCUGUUUGCGGAUAAGGGUGUGUGACUGUUGCAGAGCCCUAGAGGGCAGGUUGUGCAGGGGUCUGGACACAGAAAAGGGCCAACACCUUGUUUCCCGGCAACUGAGGGCCUGGCCCCUUCCCCCCUGCAAGGUGAGAGCUCAGAGGAGGAGGGGGUGGAGGGUGAGUCAGUUUGGGGCUGGCUGGAGAUGAGGAGUGAAGUGCAGACGUGCUUGUCUGGCUCACUGCCCCCUAAAAUGGACUUGGCUGAGGGGUCCUAUUCUCUACAUCUACAAGCUCUGGUUUAGACCAUGUUCCUGUCAUCUAAUAAACCUUCUGUGUUACUGGC